AUGUUACCCAGUCCGGGGUUCAGCAUCCCAAGUGUGGGAACCCCGUUACAUCAACCUGAAGAAGAUCAACAAAUUUUACUUCAUGCUCAGCAGCAACAACAGCAACAGCAACCUCAACAUGUUAUGCCUAGUGCUUCUCCGUUGCAGCCCAUGGGUUUAAAUUUACCUCAUAAACAACAUACUUAUGCUCCAUCAGCGGUCGGUUUCACAACACCACAGAGUUUGAUGCAACCACAAACGCCGGUUAGUGUACAAUUAUUACAAGGCUCUGCUUCUAUAAGAGACAAUCCUCCUUUAAGUGUUGCUCCAGCAACUCCUCAACCGAUGACCCCCAUGACUCCAGCUUCUGUUGAUUCAGGGAUAGUGCCACAAUUACAGAAUAUUGUUUCUACUGUAAAUUUAGGUUGCAAAUUAGAUCUCAAAAAAAUUGCAAUUCAUGCUAGAAAUGCUGAGUACAAUCCAAAACGUUUUGCUGCUGUGAUUAUGAGAAUUAGAGAGCCUAGAACAACAGCUUUAAUAUUUAGUUCUGGCAAAAUGGUUUGUACCGGUGCAAAAUCUGAAGAUGAUUCCAGGUUGGCAGCCAGGAAAUAUGCGAGAAUUAUUCAAAAACUAGGUUUUGCAGCUAAAUUUUUAGAUUUUAAAAUUCAAAACAUGGUCGGAAGUUGUGAUGUGAAAUUUCCAAUUCGACUCGAGGGUUUAGUUUUAACUCAUGGACAAUUUAGCAGUUAUGAACCUGAAUUAUUUCCAGGUUUGAUUUACAGAAUGGUCAAACCCAGGAUUGUUUUAUUAAUUUUUGUAUCUGGUAAAGUGGUAUUAACAGGAGCCAAAGUUAGACAAGAAAUUUAUGAAGCAUUCGAUAAUAUUUAUCCAAUAUUAAAAAGUUUUAAAAAACAGUAA